AUGAAGUCGAAGCGAUUGUCCCAGACUAUGAUGCUGCACCUUUGCACACUGACACCGCCUCUACCAGAUCCAAUAGUCAAUCAGGAACUUUUCAGAAAGGGCCUGGUGCACAUUGUAGGUCGCAUGGCGUGGUACAUGCACCUGGCCCUGCUGCUGCUGCCGAAUUCAUGGCAACCAGACGACGAACUUCGAGGACAGCGAAACGUAGUCAGAGAGAGGCUUAUUGGACUGCACCGAAAAGUACUCGAGCUUGAGAUGAAUUACGUCUGUGCCGCGGCGAGCGUUUGGAACGCUGCUGGCAAAAAUGUGAUUGGCUGGGAUUCAGUGGACAAGCUAGUGAAGACGGUUCUGGAGCUUGACGGCCAAUUUGCCGAGGUGGUCGAGAAGCACUGCGUAGAGGGAACUCGGGAGAGGCUGUUGCAACUGUGCCGAGAUGUAGACAUGUCUGCCGCGACGGGAAGCGAGGCUACUCAGUAG